GGCUCCUCGGUCCUCGUCCGGCUAUUGUUGUGCGUCUUUCAGGGCGACCCCGACCUAUCAGCGGACGGUGAUUUCUGGAGAGUUUGACUGUUUUGCUUAGCUGUUACCCCGCCAUAUUAAGCAGUCUUUGUCAGCCGGCGGCGUGCCCUCGUUUUUAGAGGAACGUAAAGGAUCCCAUCGGAGCACUUUGGGCUGGCGAAGUAGUUAAUCGAUAUGGGACGGACGGAGGACUGAGACUCCGCGUUAGAGAGACUGCUUGUGUCGGCGGUUUUCCACUUCUUCGAAUUGUCGACGUGAAAUUAAAAACGUGCGGAACGAGAUCGCGGGACGCAUGUAGCCGAAGAACAACCCUGCUGAGGUCGCGUUUAAGGCUUGACGAUGGGUUGUGUCAGGAGCAAAGAGGACAAGGGCCCGGCGUUGAAGUACCGACCCGACAACUCAAAUGCCACACCAGUGAACGCCCACCUGGGCCACUACGGGCCCGACCCCACCCUGAUGGGUCAUUCACCAGCUCUGAAGACACACAACAACAGCUACAACAGUCAUGCCGCAGCACUCACGCCUUUUGGCGGGGCGUCUUCGGCCAUGACGCCCUUUGGUGGCGCCUCCACGUCCUUCACCUCAGUGGCUGUGAGCAGUCCCUUCCCCAGUGUCAUCACAGGUGGUGUAACAUUUUUCGUAGCACUGUACGACUAUGAGGCGAGGACGUCAGAUGAUCUGUCGUUCAAAAAGGGGGAUCGCUUCCAGAUUAUCAACAACACGGAAGGUGACUGGUGGGAGGCUCGCUCCAUCAACACCGGACAGAAAGGUUACAUCCCCAGUAACUACGUGGCUCCAGCCGACUCUAUACAAGCUGAGGAAUGGUACUUUGGUAAAAUGGGCCGCAAAGACGCUGAGCGUUUGUUGUUGCUUCCAGGGAACCAGCGGGGCACUUUCUUGGCACGAGAGAGUGAGACGACCAAAGGUGCCUACUCGCUUUCUAUCCGGGACUGGGAUGAGGUGAAGGGGGACAACGUCAAACACUACAAGAUCCGAAAGCUGGACAACGGUGGUUACUACAUCACCACUCGGGCCCAGUUCGAGACGCUACAGAAGCUGGUGAAACACUACACAGAACAUGCGGAUGGUCUGUGCUACAGGCUGACUACUGUGUGCCCCACAGUGAAGCCUCAGACUCAGGGACUAGCUAAGGAUGCCUGGGAAAUCCCACGAGAGUCCCUCCGACUGGAGGUCAAACUUGGCCAGGGCUGCUUCGGAGAAGUCUGGAUGGGCACGUGGAAUGGCACUACUAAGGUGGCGAUCAAGACCCUCAAGCCAGGCACAAUGUCUCCAGAGGCCUUCCUGCAGGAGGCUCAGAUCAUGAAGAAACUUCGACAUGACAAACUGGUGCCGCUCUACGCCGUGGUGUCUGAGGAACCCAUCUACAUCGUCACCGAGUUUAUGGGCAAAGGUAGUUUACUGGACUUCCUGAAGGAGGGAGAUGGUAAAUAUCUGAAGCUGCCCCAGCUGGUGGACAUGGCUUCACAGAUCGCAGACGGUAUGGCCUUCAUCGAGAGGAUGAACUACAUCCACAGGGACUUGAGAGCCGCCAAUAUUCUGGUGGCUGAUAACCUGGUGUGUAAGAUCGCCGACUUUGGCCUGGCUCGGCUCAUUGAGGACAACGAGUACACCGCCAGACAAGGUGCUAAAUUUCCAAUCAAGUGGACGGCCCCUGAAGCUGCUCUUUACGGCCGCUUCACUAUCAAAUCGGACGUCUGGUCAUUUGGUAUACUACUGACUGAACUGGUGACCAAGGGCAGAGUACCAUACCCAGGUAUGGUGAAUCGAGAGGUACUUGAGCAGGUAGAAAGAGGGUACCGCAUGCCCUGCCCCCAGGGCUGCCCCGAGUCUCUUCACGAGAUGAUGAGGCAGUGCUGGAAGAAGGACCCAGAUGAGAGACCCACAUUCGAGUACAUCCAGUCCUUUUUGGAAGACUACUUCACAGCCACAGAGCCACAGUACCAGCCAGGGGACAACCUCUAGACUGGGUGAUUUUUUUUUUUUUUUUGGGGGCGAACUCCGGCACUACAGAGAGGUACAUCAGUGGAGAUCAAAACUCGGGACAACAGAGAAGUUCAACGAGGCUGCGAACGCUUUGCUGAAGCUGCAGAGAAAGAGGUUUUACAAACAAGUCCACAACCACACUGGCAUACUCACAAAUGCAAGAAAAAAAUGUUUUCUGAAGUAGAGGUUUGUCCCUUGUGUACCUGGGGACCAAAUAUUUGGGGAAGUGCCCCAAGUGUAAAGGUUGGUGCUGGUACGUUAAGCUCGGGGAAUCCUGCUAAUCAGAGUAAUCCAUAUGGACUGGCCACAACACUGUGAUCGAAGAGAGGGGUUUUCUCAAAUCUAUUUGCAGAUGCAGGGUUUUUUUAACUUUUUUUUUUAAAUGAUAAAUUCCCCCCAUCUGCUCCAUUUUUCCCCAUUUUUAUUUUAUUUUACAAACACAAUUCCUUGAUAUUGGAGUCAAGAUCUUUUAUGUGUACAUGAGUUUGGUUUGAAUAUGUAGGUCGAUGAGUGUGUGUUUUUUUUUUUUUUUUUUUUAAAUGACCAACAGUUGCGGUUGAAUCGUGAAGUAUGUGCUGCGACUGUAAAGAUUUGAUGGAGAGGGGUGAGACGAAGUAAAUGAAAAAGGUGUACCGUAUGGAUGCAAGAAUGUACUGAGAGAACAAACCAGAUGUACAGUAUGUGCAAAAAAUGUAUUUUUAGUAGGUGUGAGCAAGUGGACAAAUGAGAAUAUGAAAGUGAUUUGCAUGAUUCUUUUUAACACAGUCACUUGAAUGGCAAAUCACAUCCAUUUAUUAUGCUUCUGACUUUUUUUUUUCAUUUAAAUUGGGGACUUCAAAUCAUAAAGAGGUAUUUUGAUAUUUUACAGGUGCAAAAACUGUUUUCCUGUUUAACAUUUUAUAAAUGUUUUGAAAUUAGCUGUGAAAUAUAAGUAAGAUCGAGCUCAUUUCUGUCUGAAACUAGAAUCUUGUCUUUUCUUUGCUGCACAAUUCUGUUUGCUGUAAACGGACUCUAACUUGUUCUCCUUAAAUUGCACACAAUCCACAGUUUAAAGUUGCGGUAGAUGAGUCAUCCCAUGAUUGAUGGUACAGUUCAGGGAACUGUUAGUUUUAUUAAAUUCACAUCAUCAUGUAAAUCAUACAUGCAGCUGUAGUAUUUCUUUCUCUUUUUCUCAGUAAAAUCCCACCAACCUGCGACUAAACACGACUUCAGUGUCCUUAGCUCUGUGUCUGCUGGAGGGGAAAGUUACAUCCAAAGCCAACAAUGCAAAACCAACUUCUUAAUUUGUAAAUGCAACUAUGCAAAGCCCAUCCAGUGAUGUUUACCGGAACGUCCCAAAUGGUAUUUGCCUGUGUGGACCUCCCUUUAUGGUUUUCUAAUUUCAAUUCCCAGUGGUGGAGAUGAUGGAUCACUUCUGGAACGAAGUAACUAGCAGCAGACGACAAAAUAAACACCAUGCACACACUGUGGUCGAGACGGGGCUUUAGUGCUUUAAUAGAGAUUGAGAAUAUAGUUUUUAGAGGUACUUCCACUGUCUGUCCAGCGGUGUGUGAUGAGAGAUUUGAGAAAAUGUAAUUCAGCAACAAAGCUUAAGGAUUGGACAAAGAUGUGAACAUUUUUUGUAUUUCUUUCUGUGCAACACUCACAAGAACCUAAAUAUGUGAUUGUUCCUGCAGAUGGGAACUUGAACUAGUGGGGAGAUAAUAAUGAAAUUACUGAGAAUGGUAACUAAUAUGAUUUUGUACAGGAAAAAAAUA